CUUCUUUAUAAGUAACAUUGUACACACGUUACAUGUCAUUAUUGCCAAGCAUCAUCGCGCUGGCCCCACAAGGCGGGCCCACGGGUCACGGCGUCGGAGGAGGACUGGACGCUUUCUCGCUUUUCACAGGGAACAAAUAUAGCCCACACGAUUUUUCUCAUUCGCUACCUUCAAAUCAGAACGACCGGGCUCUCCGCCGGGCGCCUUUCGGGCCGGGCCAGAGCGUCUUCGCCAUGUCGGACGCCCAAGAUGUAUUGUCUCUAUCCCUGCCGGAGGGAGCGGCGGCGGAAGCUCCUCCCGUUCCGCCGCCGCGCCCUCCGCCGUCGCUCUACAAGCAGAACACGUGGUCGCCGGACACGUUCCGCGACGAGGCGUGGCGGCGCCGGAAGGGCAACCACGGGAUCCGCGUGAGGGAGCGCAGCAAGAGCGUGACCGACGAGGACCUCGAUGAGCUCAAGGGCUGUAUCGAGCUGGGCUUCGGUUUCGACUCGCCCACCAUGGAUAAACGGUUGUCCGACGCUUUUCCGGCGUAUGACCUCUUCUACGCAGUCAAUAACAGCUACAACAAUUCCGUUUCAAACUCGCAAUCUGUAUCAUCCAACCUCUCCGAUUACCCCGCUCCCUCCCCCUCCGGCAGCUCCCACGCCAUAUUCGGCCCCGGGGAAAAUCCACAGGCGGUGAAGACAAGGCUGAGGCAAUGGGCACAAGUGGUGGCCUAUUCUGUGAGGCAAUCUUCAGUUUGAUGACCAAUUGUAGAAGAUGAAUUAUCAUUCUAAUCAAAAUCAAAGGCAGAACAACAUUCGACCAAAAGUAACGAAAACCAUCAACCCGUUUCUUAGUACUACAUAGUAAUAUGCUGAGACAUGAUAACUGUCCGCCGCCGGAGAAUAUCUUAGAAACGGUUUCAUAGUUAUUCCUUAAACCGGCGUCUUGUGAUGGUGCUCUACACAUAUCGUUCGUUGUAACGCAAAGGGGAACAUAACUUAAAGGCUUUUCUUUGAUCCGUUUCAAUGGUGUCUUUUGAAUAUUCUAAUUUUGUUGGUGUUUUUAGUCUUCAAGGCAUCUGUGCAUCUUACUCUAACCACUACUGAUUAUGUCCAUGGCUUUUGGUGCUUU